CAUGCAUCAAAUUCAUUUAAAGAUUUUUCAAUAAACAAUCUUAUAUCAUGCUUCGAAUAAAAUACAUAACUUGAACAUACUCAAACGUUCAGUCAAAGUUGUCUGAUGAAUUCGACUAACGGCGUUACUGCAAAAUUUCUUGACCUUCUGCGGGAAAAAGUUGAGAGGAAAAAGUACGAAUUGAAACGAGAAGAGGAGUUGACUGUGGAAGAAGUGCGAAAAUGGGUGAUAUCGAGUGAAACUGGAUCGGCUAAUAGGGCCUUUGUCCAUUUAACCAGAUCUGUUUUUCCGAAGGAGGAGAGAGCCGAAUUAGUGGAAACAGGAACUGCGGAUGCGCUGGUUCUGCACUCCUCGUGGUCAGAAACAGGAGUCGACUGGUUGGACGCUCUGGACAACUGUUUUUCCUGGGAUAUCAACUCCCUUUGCGUCGAUUUGUUCACGACAGUCUACGAAACCGAAGAGCAGCCAGAGCCUAUUCGAAAGAGACCCGAGAAUGAUUUGACAGAUGAUGAAUGCCAGCGGGACUCAUCCUUGCAUGUUACGGAUGGCGUCAAGGAGGAAUUGGAACUGGAAAGUAUUGAUGGUGGAGACGAAAAUGACGUUUCUGAAACUCUCACAUUCGAAAAAACACAAAAUGAACAAAAAGAAAUUACUUCUGUAGAUGAGAAAGAAAGGAGCGGUUCUGCCGAAAACACAAACAUAAGCUGUACAGAGAAUGUAAGCAGAACCGCAACAAAACACCCCUCGAUGCAAGUAAAAAUGCCCUCGUCCCUCCAAAGUGACGAAGUCACCAUGGGCAGAAAGAUAACUGAAACAUCAAGACAGGAAAGCUUAAGUCCCUUGAGUGGAGAAGAAUUGUUUUCAAACAACCCCUCUCCAAGUCCGGGGACGAGAGAUGAAUUUGGGGGAAAUUUGAACGUGGAAGAGGAUACUUUAGCGUUUUUCUCAGACGAUGAAGGGGAACUGGACGAGAAGGGGGAUGGGGAGUUUGGGGGUGACGAGGAAUCGGAAACCGAUGGUGUUGAACAAGAAAAGGAACAGUGGGCUAAUCAUACAGACGUUAAUGGUGCUGAGCCGAACGGAAACUCGCAAGCUGUUGAUCCUUCUAUGAUAGGAGAGCUCAGUUGGGGUGGAAUCGGCGACCUAACAGAUCACACUCCAAGUAAAGAGAUCGAAAAAUCUGAUUUUAAAUCUCCAGAAACAGAAGAAAAUUUAGAAGCCCGAAACGACUCGGAUUUGGGUAGCGCAGCCAAUAACGAUGUCGAAGAGAACAAGCUACUGACUGUAAUUGAAGAAAGUGAAUCUGAAACUCAAUCAGUAGCCGGUAAAGAAAUUAAUAAAACUAGGGAUUCAAUAACAGUUGAUAAAUUAAACGAAGAAACUGAAAUUGCACUCAAUGGGAACCAAGAUGCACAAAAAUUGCAAGAAGUUUUAUCAGGUGACAAUUCUCGUGAUCAAAGCCGAUCAGACACUCCAAACACUUCAAGGUCACACAACAUGUCCGCAGCUUCAAAUUACUCUGUGAAAUCGUGGAAAAGUUUCAUUCCAAAGUUCAAGCGAGUUUUCCUAAUUGUGAAUUUGGAGAAAAUUGAUGAGAUUGUAGCCAACAUGGAACUCAUAAACAUUCUGGCCAUUAUUUGCAACCCCAGCAGAGAAAUCAGCCGAGGUGCGUCUCGAAUAUCCGGAUACUCUUCCGAUUUCGGACUCUCGAUGGACAACUUUCCAAUUUUAGAAUUAGUUCAAAUCCCACAAGUUUCCGAGAAAUUUGAAUCGAACCAGUUCUACUCUUUCUUUCAAACUUCGUUUUAUUCGCUGCAAGAAUUGGGCGCCAAAAUCGAUCAAAUAAUUGAGCAAGCAGACGAAGAAAGUGAAAACGAGAACGCAAAAAAUGAAGAGGAUUUAAAAUCAGUGCAAGAUGAACUGCUCAACUUUUUGUUCAAAUGCUGCGACAAGCGAAGAUGGCAAAUGUUUAAAACAGAACUCGAUCACGCCGCGAGGCCUCAGCCGGAAGUGACAUUGGACGAUUCUGAUUGGUUGAUGCAGUUGGCUAGGGCCAAGUGGAGUCUAGAUGUAAAGAUGGAGGCUCUCUUCAUUCACGAGGUGGGCGUGAAAAUCCGAGUGUUCAUAAACGGCAACCUUGACGAGAAGAAUUACGACUGCAUCAGAGAGCACUGUGAUUGGCGGAAGGAACUAGACGACAAAGACAGGGCCAUCGGACUCCUUCUGGACCUCAUUGAAACGAAGAGGAAAAGCCACUCUGAAGACAAUAGGUUGUUCAGUCCCCUCUAUUCAGAGUUGGGAGAUUUGUAUGAGAAGAACGGGCAAUUAGCCGAAGCGACGGAGAGUUACUUCAAGGCGCUGCGCGUGGAGACGGUUAACCAUGGAACAGAUCAUCCAGAUGUUGCCUUCUGUCAAAAUAACAUUGGUCGCUCUUACCACAAGCGGGGCGACAACAGCGAGGCGAUGAAGUUCCUUCACAGGGCUCAGAAGACGAGGGAGUUCUACUUUGGACAGUCUGAUCUGCGAAAUGGGGAGGUGUUCUUAAACAUAGGAGACUGUCACCUUGCAAACGGACACGGAAUGAAGGCGCUAGAGUUCUUUCACAAGAGUCUUGAAGCCAGAAGAUCUCAGCUGUCAGUGGAGGCAGAUACAGAGGGUUUGAUUGGACAGGUGUUGAAGAAGAUAGGAGACACGCACCUGUUUAGAUGUGACUUCAGAGAGGCCAUUUCUUUCUACGAACAGGCCACAAACACUUUUGGAGUCAACUUUCAACCCACGGAUUCAGUGAGUCUGGAGUCGCAACACAGCCUAGCGAAAGCACUGCACAGCUACGGAAUGUACGAAGACGCCCAUAACAUCUACAAGGCUCUGAUCCAGUCAUUUCAGUACCAGAGAAACGAUCAGAAGACAAUUGCAGUGCUGGAAGACUUGGGACUACUCUACCAGGAGAGGGGAGAGUUCAAUAGAGCUAAAAGGACAUUUCUCAGAGUAACCGAGCUAAGAGGGGACUGAAUAAAAAAAAUUUUGUUCUGCCUUAUAAAAAAAAGUCGAUUAAGAAAUGGUGUUCUCUCAAGAUAAUUGAUUUAGUACA